AUGAAAAACAACAUCGUGAAGAAGAAGAAGCGCGUCGUCCAAUCUGACGAUGAAGAAGAUGAACAGCCUGUCAACGGCUCUUCAUCCUCGAAAGAGGCACUUCAAAGCUCCCAACCUGAGAGGUCUUCGCCAAAAGAAUCUUCACCACCACAUAAGAAACCCAAAACUUCACCUGAGAAAAUAGCUUCGAUAUUCGCCCCACCACCUAAGAAAGUUGAGAAACCUCAAUCGUCAUCUGAACCUUCCAAAUCAACUUUUUCCCCGACAGACAAGGAGAAGAGUAAAUCAAAUGAAAAAGAUAGUAGUAAACCAAUUGCAUCCAUAUUCGCUAAAGCUUCUUCGUCAAAAUCGAAACUCAAGGAGGAGGAACGAGAUAGUGGUGAUGUAGAUAUGGAGAGAGGAAGUCCGACGAACGAUGAUGAGGGUGAAGAAGAGCUGGAAGAGGAGGACGAGGAGGAUGAGCAGGAGGAAGCCGCUGCUGUCAAGCUCGCAUCAAUAUUCACUAAAAAUCAUAAAUCUGUACCGGUAGCUGAUAAAGGUUGGAAAGAUGGUGAAGCUGUACCGUACGCUGCGCUAGUAUCGACAUUUGAGAAUAUUGAAGCUACCACGAAACGUCUUGAAAUCUUGGAACUUCUCACUCAAUUCUUUCUGGUCGUAGCGAAGAGAGAUACAGCGAAGCAAGCGAAAGAUUCGAACUUGCUCAAGGUGGUAUACCUAUGUAUCAACAGACUGUGCCCGGACUAUAUGGGUAUAGAGCUGGGUAUAGGAGAGACACUGUUGAUCAAGGCUAUAGCGGAGAGCACGGGUCGAGCAACAACCAAGAUCAAGGAGGAUUUAAGGAAAGAGGGUGAUUUGGGAAAAGUAGCUAUGAAUUCGAGAAAUACCCAGCCGACAAUGUUCAAACCCAAAGCUUUGACUGUCCCUUACGUGUUUCAGAAUUUGACGGAAAUAGCGAAAGCUACUGGAAAUGCUUCGCAAGCCAAGAAGGUGGGUAUCAUUAAAAAGCUCUUAGCAGCUUGUCAAGGGAACGAAGCGAAGUUCAUCGUAAGAUCGCUGGAAGGUAAAUUGAGGAUAGGCUUGGCAGAUAAAACUCUGGUCGUUGCUUUGGCUCAUGCGAUAGUAUUGAAAACAAUGGGUGACAAGAAGAUACCGCAUGAUAAGCUUGCGGCGAAAUUAGAGGAAGGAGCGGAAAUUGUCAAAUCUGUUUACAGUGAAUUGCCAAAUUACGAUCUUGUUAUUCCUGCGUUACUGGAAGUGGGUGUAGAGGGCUUGAAAGAACGAUGUAAACUUACACCAGGUGUUCCGCUCAAACCGAUGUUGGCUAAACCUACCAAAGCUAUUGGAGAAGUACUUGAUCGAUUUGAAGGGAAGGAGUUCACAUGCGAGUAUAAAUACGAUGGUGAAAGGGCACAGGUACAUCUCCUGGAAGAUGGGUCGAUCGCCGUAUUUAGUAGGAAUUCAGAAGAUAUGAGUGCCAAGUAUCCGGAUUUGGUACAGCAAGUACCAAGGGCAAUAAAACCAUCUGUGAAAUCUUUUGUCAUCGAUGCUGAAGCUGUGGCGUACGACCUGGAAACGAAGAAGAUCCUACCAUUCCAAGACCUCAGUAGGAGGAAGAGGAAAGAUGUGAAAGCUGAAGAUAUCACUGUGCGAGUUCAUCUAUUCGCAUUUGACCUGUUGUAUCUGAAUGGAGAGUCGCUUUUGACGAAAGAGCUCAAAGAACGUCGAGCGUUACUUCAAGAACAUUUCCAACCUGUUGAAUCGGAAUUCGCAUUCGCCAAAUCGUCCGAUAGUCAAUCUACAGAAGAGAUAGCAGCCUUUUUAGAAGAAAGCGUCAAAGAUGGAUGUGAAGGUCUGAUGGUAAAGAUGUUGACUACUGCCAACUCGACUUAUGAGCCCAGUAGGAGAAGUAUGAAUUGGUUGAAGUUGAAGAAAGAUUAUUUAUCCGGAGUAGGCGAUUCCCUCGACCUAGUAGUCGUAGGAGCCUAUCACGGUAAAGGUAAACGAACCGCCGUAUACGGUGCAUUCCUCCUCGCAUGCUAUGAUCAAGAUUCAGAAAAUUUCCAAACGAUCUGUAAGAUUGGUACGGGAUUCAGUGAAGAAUUCUUAUCUCAAUCGUAUGAGAUUCUAAAACCAUUAGAGAUCGAAACGGUACGAAAUGAUAUAGAAACUGGAAAUGCGAAACCAGACGUCUGGUUCGAACCGAAAAUUGUUUGGGAGGUUUUGACGGCGGAUUUGAGUUUGAGUCCUGUUUAUGCGGCUGCUCAUGGAAUAGUCGAUUCUAGAGGUAUCUCACUCCGUUUCCCUCGAUUCAUCAAAAUCAGAGAUGACAAAUCGGCAGAUGAAGCUACUUCGUCUGAACAAGUAUCGGAAUUCUAUCAGAGACAGGUCACCGCUGGUGGUAAGAAAGGAGGUGGAGGAGGGGAAGAUGAUUUUUGGUAG